CUCCGUCUGUCUCCCGGGAACGCUCGAUCCUCUCGGCCAUCCUCAGGGACAGUUAGCAAUGGCGUACAGCCUGAAGAUGACCUGUAUCGCCAUCGCUCUCGCCGCCACCGCGCUCCUCUUCACCAUCCCACGAGCUCAAGCAUGGGAUGCGGACAUGGUGCCGGUGGGGGCGCCGGAUCAUGCGCUGACGGCGAUCCCGGGCGGCGGCGCGGGGACGUUGGCAGCGGGGGCGCCGGUGUGCCUCCAGUGCCGGUGCUGCUCCAGGUCGAACCCGGGCAGCUGCCAGAUCACCAGCUGCUGCUCCACCUUCAACUGCGACCCCACCGGCAAGUGCAGCGUCGUGCAACAGAAGUGCGGCUGCAACGGCUGCUAACCGGCCGGUCAUCACCGUGCUAGCUGCCUCCGUGCCAAUUUUUUCUGUGGAGGAGCCAAAUGUUUUCUUUGAAAAUGUCUCCCGUCUAUUUUUUUUUGAGU